CCGAGAAGACCCCCCAAAGACGUGCCAUUCGAGUCGAGUCAGACGGAGCAUACGCUGUAUUGGACACAUCCAUCAACACAACAACAGGGACAGCCAAAGUAUCCGUGCCUACCGUACAGUAAUAAUGAAGCGCGGACAACACAAACCAAAACCUACCACGGUGGCACCGCUACAGGUGGUCCAAGCGCUCCAAUCCAAGCAAACCACAUUGGAGUCGCUCCAAGAACGCUUGGGGAUCCAGGCGGUCCAUCAUCCCACGCUGCCCCUUGUCAUUCUCAAUUACCAUCAGAUUGCUUCGCCCAAAACGCAUCCCAUGGUGCGAGAAUGUCGAUCCCUUUGUUUGGAAAAAACUACUUGGAAGCUGGUAGCACGAUCGUUUCAUCGCUUUUUCAAUUGGGGAGAAGUGCGAGAGGAACAAGACGACUUUAACUUUGACAACUUUCGGGUCGAUUCCAAAGAAGAUGGGUCGAUCAUUACCAUUUACCAUUACAAUGGAGGUUGGCAUGCCAAUACACGGCAGUCUUUUGGGUUGAGGCCAGCCGCUGCUGUCAGACAACAACAACAAGCAGUAUCAUACACUUGGAGACAAUUGGUCUGCCAGGCAUUGGGCAUCCACGAUCUGGAUGACCUCGACUCCAUCCUGACACCCGGGUACUCGUAUGUCUGCGAGCUGACAUCGCCCUACAACAAAGUAGUCCGCUCCUAUCCAGACACGUGCUUGUUCCUCUUGGCGGUCUUUGAUGCACGGGGGGUCGAACAGAGUCCACUGUCCGCGGACCGGGUGGCCGCAUCCAUGGGUGCCAAGCGUCCCAUCACCUACUCCUUUUCGUCCUUGGCUUCAAUCCAAUCCUUUCUCGACACCCAACGAACGGCAGAUCCGACUUUUGAAGGCGUUGUCAUUUGCGACAAUGCCCAUCGUCGAUGGAAAAUCAAGAAUCCUAGCUUUCUCCUGCUUCAUAAACGAAUUGGUGACGUGUCCAGCUCCGUCACCAGUCCGCAGUUUCUCUUGCCGUUUGUGCUCAAAGGAGAGCGCAGCGAGCUUCUCACGUACUAUCCCGAAACACAAGAGGUCUUUGACAAGACGGACAAGGCGGUGCAGAGGGAAUUGGAUGCCUUGCUGCAACUGUGGGAACAAUGUAGAGGACUAGAAGGGCAACGGGAUUUUGCGCAAGCCGUGUUGGGCCAAGCCAGUAACAAAAGCAUGUCAUCCAUCCUCUUCCGGGUCCGCAAGGACAAGGGUGGGGCUCAGGAUGUGGAGCAGAUCUUUCGGAGUGAGGAGCAGCUCGUAUUGGGAGCGUUCUUUCUUGCAGCUUUAUAACUGCAUUAAUACUGACAGCAACAUCAGCAUACACUGUCGCCCCUCCCAGGGCACAGGUUAGCUUAUUAGAAGAUUUAAACAGUUAGCGUUGCCACUCCGCAUUUUCUCUUGCCGUUUGUGCUCAAAGGAGAGCGCAGCGAGCUUCUCACGUACUAUCCAGAAACACGAGAGGUCUUUGACGAGGUGGACGAGGUGGUGCGGACGCCUUCUUGCUGCAACUGUGG